CAUAAAUAUUCAAGAAUGGUUAAUGGACAUUAUAUAAUGUAUGGGGACAGACCGUCCUCGGAGUCCGAAAUAGUGGAAGACCACGUGCAGACACGCACCGCGGAGCGCAAAACCCGGCGCAAGGCGAACAGGACUGCUAACGAGCUGCAGCCAAGUCUGGCGCAGCUUGACAACGAAACCGACUCUGUUAAAUAUGAGAAGAAAGAGAAAAAAAGUAAAGAGCCGAGGAUCCUUCGCUACGUGCCCAAUACGGAGGUAGAAGAGCAUCAAGUCAGCGACAAUUACGAGACAUACGACUUGAAGACGACGGACGCGAAGCCGAGACGGUACGCAUUCAAGAAGAAACCGAAGAACCCGGCAGAUGGAUCUGUUAACUAUGCUUAUUCAAGAUCCAGCAGCAGCUGCUCCUCGCCUAACGGCAAUCUACCUACUAUCGCGGAGCAUGGCGAGGCGCUUUCGGCGCGACAUACGGCGCCGCCGAGCCCCACUGUCAGCGAGAUAAUCACUGGCUACGAAAACAAAUUGGACAAGUACUUCAACAAGCCGAGAGAAGUGAAGAAGUACCGUUCUAAGGGCUCGCACCCCGACAGCCUUUACCGGGUGCCGCUGGGCGCAGGCGCAGGCGGCGGCAAAAUGGCGCGCCUGCUGCGGGUUAUGCGCUGGCCCGUCGCGCUCAUCGUCGUAUGCGUCGCUCUGGCCAUCUUCGUGUAUUUCCUCAUGCCUGAUAACUUCCAGACGGGACCAGAGAUGAUAAACGCGACGUACUGGGAGUCGAACGUGGCGGUGGCCGACACGCACCGCGCCCACGACCACGUCUAUAAGCCACCGGAGCCUAAGAAACUAAAUACUAAAGUGCCAACUGACACGAGACCGCCGGAAAUAGAUUUUUACGAUGCAGACCACAAUAAAAAUGAAGAAUUGCAGGCUGUGAUCAGUACAAUUACUGAUAAGCAAACGAAACUGCCCAUUCCUCCAGUGUUCCCUACCCACCUGACACCAGAGGUACAAUAUGGAAACGAAAAUGCCGACACGGAGAAUUUAAGAUCACCGAAAGUAUUACAUAAAAUAAAUCAGCUUCCCGCUGACUCCACGUUGAAACCUCACAUCACCCAGAAACCAGAGAAACCUUUGGCUAUUUACUUCAAAGACGGCGAAGGUGUUACCACCACCACCACCACAACCACCACUAGCACCGAGGACGCUAGCGAAGCGAUGGUCAACAAUCUGUACACUAUUCACAGUGACAAAAUAACUCCUCAAAAAGUAGAUGAUCUCGCGUACAAACCUUUACUUGGCCUGUUACCUUGGCCUGUUAAGACUGCUAAUUUAGGACCUGUUUUGCCUCCUGAAAUGCAAGAAUUCUACAUCCAAGGUCCAGCGAAAACCAACUUCACCUCGGGCCAUUCAAAGCUCUUUGGAAUCGGAAUUGAAGAUGCUGAAAAAAUGCAAUCUACCACGCAGAGCUCUGUCUAUAACACAAGGGUGUCACCGACGCUGCCUACGUGGCGUGAUAGAGAUGACACGACCACUAAAAACUACCCAGUAAAUGUCAACCCUGAUGUAUCACAGUGUCGGUCGACGAGCCAGCCGCUGUGCCGGGGCGUGCUUCCCUACGACUUGGCAGGCAAGCCGGCCUCCUUCGGCGGUGUCUCCGUCACCACAUUGCUACCUCAGAUCCUGUUCGUGGCCGCCACCAACUGCAGCGUCCGCUUCAAGACCUUCAUCUGCGCCUUGUUGGAGCCCGAGUGCAGCCCAGCGCCUUAUGGCCCCAAAAUGCCUUGCUAUAAUUUAUGCAAAGCUGUCUUGGACGGAUGUGAAAGCGACAUUCCUCACGAGCUUCGCACUGUUUUAAACUGCAAGCAGUACUCGAGCGCCAACUGCGUGGCGGCGCGUACACCGUGCGAGCGGCAGGAGCUGCCGUGCGGCGACGGUACUUGCAUACCGAGGGACUGGAUUUGUGAUGGGGCUCACGAUUGCCCUGCCGGCGAGGAUGAGAAUAUUUGCGGCACAUGCCAGCCGCAGGAGUUCCGCUGCGAGUCAGGGACAUGCAUCCACUCACGCUGGAAGUGCGACGGCUAUGCUGACUGCCCCGAUGGUGACGACGAGAGCGAGGCGAGUUGCGGCGGGGUGCGCGAGGACCUGGGCGAGGAGCCCGCCGGGUCGGCGCCCGCGCCCGCCGUGCACCGGCCCAACAGAGUGCCAGCGCCGAAAAAGGCCCAUCGAUCAGGAGACGAUAGCAGCAAGGAACUGCUCAUGACUAGUGACAGCACCAACGCCCUGAAAAGAAACUUCACCCGACGACCAUCGUUAUCUCGGCUGACACCAUACUCUCCCGCCAUGCUUCAGGCCACCAAAUCUCAGAAAACUGAAUCUAAUGACGAGUCCUCGAAAAACGCCAACAAAAACAAACAUGAAACUGAAGAAGAAAGUGAAGAUGUACCAGCAGAUGAUCUUCCUUUACUCGAAGACACCAAAAUAGCUACAGAUUUGCAAGAAAAACACAAAAGAGCUGAAGACAGACCGAGGAAUCAAACCAAUGUUAAUAUUAAGAACCAACCUAAGAUCACUUAUAAGAACUUGACUAGAGUAAAUCCAUUACAAGGAAGAGCGCCGAUGCCACGUCACAAACCAGCAAAGGUAGAAAAUCCCGCAUUAUUGGCUUAUCCUGCGGAACCGACCAAACUAGACCAGUCCAUCAACAAGCUAGAGCGAGUUAUCAAUGGAGCAGACUUGAUGAAGAUGCUUUCACAGAAAGCCCAACGGCCCAGCCCAGCGACCGAGUCCGGGGAGUCGCUGGAGAACACGACGGCGGGCCGGCCCGAGACCGACAAGUUCGGCGGCAAGGCCUCCGCGCACGCGUCGCCGUGCCCCGACAGCGAGCUGCGCUGCGUCGACGGCCGCUGCAUCACGCUCGCGCAGCUCUGCGACGGCACCAUCGACUGCAGCGACCACGCCGACGAGGACAACUGCUACACGUGAAAAACUAACUUUUGAAGGGUGUAUGGUUCUGACCUCUGAGAAAUUGGUAUUUAUAUUUAAUGAUUUGCCUUGAAGUGAUUAUGGAGACUCAGAUUCUGAUUUAAACCCAUGUUACGUAGACAAACUUGAUGCUAGCAAUUUACUUUGCCGUAUUUGCCUAAAUACGCAUCUGCAUCUCUUUUGUUUUGUUACUCUAACCACGAAUAUUUUGGCAAAUAAAGAAAAGUUGCGAACAUCAGAUUAAAGUUAAACCAAUCAAAUCAGAAACAGUUUUUGGAUGGCCAUUAGCGAAAUGAGCUUUUAUGCAAUUUGUAAGUAGAUAAAUAUGCUUCAGUUAUAAUUAGUACUGAUAUAAAUACCUAUGUUACGUGUAGGCAUCGGAGUUUUUAUCACAUGUUAAGACGUUAGCGAGCAAUGGAGUCGACAUUAACAAUAAAAUUCAACUCAUAUUCAUACUCAUUUUAUUUACUCAGUGAUCAAGAUCUUGCGAAUAGAGAAACACUAUCCACCCAAUUCUUACUUUAUUAUCAAAACUAUACCUUAUAAAACUUUUCAGAUAACGUACAGUAAAACUAGACACAAAAUGUUGAAUUUUGCUUCGGUAUCUGUACAAUCUGUACAUGCACUAUCAACAAAUAUAAACGCGAGAUCUGAUUAGAUUUAAGAUUUGUAUGAAAGUUUACAUGGUCAUUCCGUUCAUACCCGUCCAUUAGAAUAUGUAAAGGUUGAAUUUCGGUACAUACUGGCGGUGCCGAUAUGUAGUAAUUAUAUGCUGUGAUAAAAUGCAUGGAAGAGGAAAACGUUAUAAAUCUAAAUGUUUAUCAUAAGUUCAAAAUCGUCUAUGUAGGUUAAGGUUUAUUUCCAAAUAGAAUUAAGUUGUCGUGAAUCUCAAAUUUAUCUUUUUGUGCCUUAUUUUCCUCUUGAAGUUACCUUUUUUGCAUUGUUGUGGCACUGAUUAUUCGUUUUUUUAUUGACUCACUGUCAGUUGUUUCGCAAUGAGCAUUUGUAAAUAGAUUAAUUUAUGUAAAUUAAGCUACUAACUCUAACACUCUAUUUAUAAUUUACACUUACAUUUUAGGACUUAUUUCCAUGAACAUAUUUGCCGAACAAAUUUAUCUGCCUACUCAUACGAAAGGAAAUUCAACCAAUCAAAGCAAGAUAUAUACGUGCAAAUAGCUAAUGCAAUGCAAAUAUGUCCAUGCAAAUAUACCAUAGUGUAACAUCUAGAUUCGUAAAUAUUUUGGUAAGAAAAUCCAAAGUAAUGUCAUAAUAUAUCUUCAAAUUGUAUCAAACAUACUCGAGUUUACUUUAAAUUUAUUGAAACUCGGGUAGGUAAGUGUUUAUGCUCUGUUAUAUAAUAUAACUUAGAUUAUACGCAAUUUACCAACAAUGUUUAGUUAAGUUAGCUCUGUUUACUUGUACUUAGAAUAUAAGUUUUUGUACCACAAUAAAUCAUUAUGCCAUGUUGUAA